AUGGCUGUGAACACUUUACUGACAGCAUCAGGGCAGCAAAGGAUCCCACUGAUUCCCUCACCAUUUGGACCUCCAGUUGUGGACAGAGAUGCUUUGCCUUCUGUUGUACCAACUGACCCAAGACAGUUUUGUGUUCCUUCCCAGUUUGGAUCAUCUAUUCUACCAAAUACAAACAUGCCAAAUAUGCUGCCCAGUCAUGGCUACUCAGGUUGGGGCAUUUUACCAUCUGAAUCCAUAAAGGCAGUGACCAGAAGGAAUGAAAUGAUUCAAAGGCACCAUAUUGCCAGAUCAGAACUGGAAAUGUAUGCGAUUUACCAGCAAAGACGAAUGGAAAAAGUGAAUCCCAAGGGACUAGCUGGCCUAGGCAUACCAUUUCUCUAUGGUUCCAGCAUCCCAGCUGGCCCAGCCACUUAUCAGAGCAGGAGCAUACACCCUGCCAGCGACCUGCAUUUUCACAGAAGCACUCUCAGGCAUCUUCAGGAAAACCCCAUUCUCAUGGCAACCAGACCACAUGUUAUAGAAAGCUGGGGGCAGAAAUAUCGACCCAGGAGAGGCACAGGGAAUCAGAAAUCUCUAGAAAGUGAUGCUGAGAGUUCCAAAAGUCAAGCAGAAGAAAAAGUCCUAGGCCAGAUGCCUGCAGUUCCCUGUGAAGAGGAGGAAUAUGCAAAAGACCCAGAGAUUGAGGUAUGCCACAAUCAGAAGUCAAGCGAAACCAGUGCAAAGCCAACAACACCUCUCACCAACCCCUGUGGAGCACUCCAGCCCACCCAUAAAAAACCCUGGGGUGUUCACACCAUACCCCUGGGAAAGGCUUGGGACUGUGGGAAGGAGGAGGCCGAAGAGCAGGUGUCUGAAGAGUGCGGCGAAAAGAGUGGGGUUUGCUCUUCAGUUCCUCCACCGUGUCUGCCAGUAACACAUGCCUUGGUUCCACCUGGGGAAAAUCUUCCUCUGGAUGAAGAUCUUCAAAAAUGGACUGUGGAUGACGUGCACGACUUCAUUAGAAGCCUUCCAGGCUGUUCAGACUAUGCCCAGGUAUUUAAAGAUCAUGCAAUUGAUGGAGAAACUUUGCCAUUACUCACAGAGGAGCACCUUCGUGGCACCAUGGGAUUGAAACUGGGGCCAGCACUAAAAAUUCAGUCACAGGUAUCUCAUCAUGUGGGAAGUAUCUUCUACAAGAAAACUCUUUCACUUCCUACCCAUACAAGACAAGCACUGGAUCAACCAGCAGAUAUAUCCCCUCUUUUGGAUUUUAAUUCCUGGAGUGAUACAUUGAGCCUUCCUUGUUCCCAGGAUUAAUAAUUCCUAAAAGAAUUGAGCCAGAUUUAUGAGAAACCGAAGACCUUCAAGAACCAAGAACAGUCUUCACCAGUUCUCGAAAAACUCUAAGAAUACUAGCAAGGACAUAUGAGAGUACAGAAUGGAGAGAUGGAGAGACAGAGAGAGAGAGAUAGAGAUAGAGAGAUAGAGAGAGAGAGAGAGAGAGAGAGAGAGAGAGAGAGAGAGAGAGAGAGAGAGAAGGAGGGAGAGAAAGCCAGCCCUCUUAGGGCUAUUGUUGGAAGAGGUUUACUCAGCUUCCUGCCAGGGCUGCAGUGAUCCUAGCACCAAGAGGCUAGCUAGAGCAUUACCCUUGGAAGAAAAUAUUAAUGAGAAUUUUCAAACAUCAAGAAAACUGCAGUUGGAUGUUUUUGUGAGGAAGUCUCUGAAGAAGCCAAAAGAGCUAAAAGUGGGGAAGAAAGCUUUUUAUUUCCCUUGUUUCCCAUCCCCCAACUCUGAGAGAGACAAAGACUGGGGUCUGAAGGAAGAACAGAAGUCAGAAAAGGACACAAGAGAAUGGAAAAACUGAUCCUAUGCGUCCACUGUUUCUCCUCCAAGAAGCAUUCCUCUUAAAGCUGGCCCAGCUAGGAAAUAGGGAAAGCCUUAACCUUAAAGUUUCUAGCUUGGAUGGUAAUAAAAACAGCAUGUUACUGGCAAAAAAACAGACCCGAGGAGCAAUAAAAUGAUUAGAAGAUGCAUAAACAACUCUAGACAUACUUAGCCACCUUAUCUUUGAGAAAGGUGCCAACCACCUUCACUGGAAAAAGGAUAGCCUCUUUAAUAAAUGGUGCUGGAAAAACUGGCUUUCCACAUG